AGUGGAGAAAUCAUGGUGCAGCAGAAGCUCCCAGCUAGCAUUCAGACACAACAACUCAGAAAUGCAUGAAAAAAUGCCGAUACAUUCCCCAUAAUCUGUUCACCAUGAAGACAAAUAAGACCUACAAGCUUGUGGUGCACAAGAAAGGCUUUGGGGGGAGCGAAGAUGAGUUGGUUGUGAACCCCAAAGUCUUCCCCCAAGCGAGUCUUGGAGACAUCAUUGAGAUCGCACACCCCGCAGACGAAUACAGUCCUCUCCUGCUGCAGGUGAAAAGCCUCAAAGUGGAUCUUCAAAAAGAAACCAUCAGUGUGGAUCAGACUGUUGCACAAGCCUUCAAACUGCGAGCCUAUCAAGAUGUCAUUGUCAACAUCGUGGACCCCAAGGACGUAACCCUGGACCUUGUAGAGCUCACCUUCAAGGACCAGUACAUCGGAAGAGGAGACAUGUGGAGACUGAAGAAGAGUCUGGUGAGCACUUCUGCCUACGUGACCCAUAAAGUGGAGUUUGCCGGAAUCAGAGCCCAGGCCAGUGAGCUGUGGGUGAAAGGGGAGAAGGUCACAUGUGGAUACAUCAGUGAAGACACUAGGGUGGUGUUUAGGUCCACGUCUGCGAUGGUGUACAUCUUCAUCCAGAUGAGCUGUGAGAUGUGGGACUUUGACAUCUAUGGCGAUCUCUACUUUGAGAAGGCUGUCAGUGGUUUCUUGUCUGACCUUUUUGCCAAAUGGAAGGAGAAGAAUUGUAGCCAUGAGGUGACAGUGGUCCUUUUUUCACGAACUUUUUACAACGCCAAAACUAUGGAGGAGUUCCCUGAGAUCCUGCGAGGGUCCAUCAGACAGGACCACGAGGGACGCUUCUAUGAGGACUUCUACAGGGUGGUCGCUCAGAACGAGAGACGUGACGAGUGGACCUCUCUGCUGGUCACCAUCAAGAAGCUCUUCAUCCAGUACCCAGUGUUGGUGCGCCUCAAAGGAGCAGAUGGCUUCCCCUCCGGGCAAAACUCUACCGCUGCCCAGGGGAACUAUCUAGAAGCCAUCAACCUGUCCUUCAACGUCUUUGACAAGCACUACAUCAACCGUAAUUUCGACCGCACGGGCCAGAUGUCCGUGGUGAUCACUCCCGGGGUAGGAGUGUUUGAGGUGGAUCGCCUUCUCAUGAUCCUCACCAAGCAACGCAUGAUCGACAACGGUAUUGGUGUGGACCUAGUCUGCAUGGGGGAGCAGCCUCUUCAUGCCGUGCCGCUGUUCAAGCUUCACAACCGGACGGUGCCUGGAGACUCCAGACUGGGAGACGACUACAACCUACCCCACUGGAUCAACCACAGCUUCUACACGUCCAAGAGCCAGUCUUCCUGCAGUUCCUUCACCCCCCGCAUCAAGCUGGCCGGACGCAAAAUGCAGGCAGAGCGAUUAAGGAGCUGCAAAGACCACACUCUGGGAGCCCCGAAGGACUCAGAGAACAGCCUUCCCAUCCAAGUGGACUACGAUGCCCACGAUGCACUGGUGUUCAGACUUCCUGGACCGUCGAGAGCCCAGAGGAGCACAAACUUCAGGGCGGGCCGGGAGAGGGAGACGAGCGGGAGGAAGAGCUGGGGCUCGGCCGAGGCCGGCGGCGGGGGGGCCGGGGGCGCCUCGUCCCCCGGGCGCUCGGCGGGGGGGCCGGACGAGCAGAGGAGCGAGCAGAGGAGCGAGCAGAGGAGCCUGGCGUCCGACGACAGCCUCGGCCGCGUGUCCAGCAUCCUGCUAAUCCCCCGCAUGGCACCGGCCCAGUACGAGGUCAGCAGCUCGCUGGGGUACACCAGCACCAGAGAGUUGCUGGAGAAGAUGAUGGAGUCUCAGAGGGAUUCGAGUGCGCCGGGUCGCUUCACGGUGGGCAGCGCUGAGUCCACGCUGCACGUGCGCCCAGGCGGGUACACCCCCCAGCGGGCUCUCAUCAACCCCUUCGCCCCCUCGCGCAUGCCCAUGAAGCUCACCUCCAACCGCCGCCGCUGGAUGCACACCUUCCCAGUGGGGCCUUCUGGAGAGGCCAUCCAGAUCCACCACCAGACCCGGCAGAACAUGGCUGAGAUGCAGGGCAGUGAGCAGAGAGAUCCCGCCCACACCUCCGCAGAGCUCCUGGAACUGGCCUAUCACGAGGCCACCGGCAGGCGGUCAACCUCGCGACAGACAGGAGAGAACAGUCUGUACAUCAGUGGAGGAAUGGAGGAGUUUACUGGCAGUCCAACCAGCAGUAACAGCACGGGAACCCCUGUCAACCGUGGCUCAUCAUUUGAAGACGCCACUUCUGACCCAACCCUGCUGCUAUCUCCCCCCCCGACAGUGCCUAGUUUCUGCUGCACGGUGGGGGUGGACUGGAAGUCCCUGACCACCCCGGUUCAGAUUCAGGUUCAGAUUCAGAUUCUGGUUAUGGUUCAGAUUCUGGUUCAGAUUCAGAUUCUGGUUCAGAUUCGGAUUCUGGUUCUGGUUCACUGUGAGAGGAACCGUCGCCUCCACGGCCGAGGACGACAGCGGAAACCCCCAAAACUCCCCCGUCUGACAGGAAGCUUACCCUGCUGGAUGAUGCGUUUCCUGUUUGCAGGACUCUGGAGGAACAGCAGCAGCAGCAGGGCAAGCAAAACCGCCGCCCCCGGCGACCCCGCGGCCGUUGCCGCGGCGACCACGUAUGUGGACAGCCCAAGAAAGGACGCUGCCUUCAUUCUGGAUUUUAUUCGUAGCCCUCUCUCCUCCUACAUCAGUUACUCGCAGUUGCCGGCUGAUCCACCAGAAGGUGCCCAGGCAGACGUGGGACCUGGCGGUGCCAUGGAAACCAGUGGUCAGUCGGACGGAGGGGCCUUCGCUCUGUCCUCCUCCUCCACCCUCAUGGAGAUCCUGGAAGCCAUCAAACACCCCGCGACAGGUGUGCAGCUCCUACCUGAGCAGAAAGGACUGCCCCCUAACUGCUUCAUCAGCGCCGAGAUCGUCCAUUGGCUGGUCAACAACGUAGAGGGCGUGGCCACCCAGGUCAUGGCCGUGGAAAUCAUGCAGAAGAUGCUGGAAGAGGGCCUGGUGUCUCACGCGUCGGGCGACGCCAUGCGGACCUUCAUCUACGGCUUCUACUUCUACAGGAUCGUGGCGGAGAGAGAAGGCCCCCAGCCCCCCCCUCCCCCUGCGGCCGGGGGCUGGUCGGCGGCUGCCCUGGAGGACUUUGCCCUGUUCCAGAGGAAGUGGUUCGAGGUGGCCUUUGUCCUGGAGGAGCUCCGCCCUUGCGACCUGCCCGUCUUCCUGUUGCCAUGGCUGCCCAGCCGGCCGGCCUCGUACGCAAGUAGGCACAGUUCCUUCAGCCGCAGCUUCGGAGGACGCAGCCAGGCCGCCGCUCUGCUAGCUGCCACUGUUCCGGAACAGAAGACAGCCACCCUGGACGUGGACGUCAACAAUCGCAGCGACCGCACCGAGUGGUGCAGCUGUUAUUACCAUGGCAACUUCUCCCUGAACGCCGCCUUUGAGGUCAAGCUACACUGGAUGGCUGUCACUGCAGCUGUGCUCUUUGAGAUGGUCCAAGGCUGGCACAGGAAAGCAGCUUCCUGUGGGUUCCUUCUGGUGCCGGUCCUGGAGGUUCCCUUCGCGCUGCCCUCGUACCUGUACGGCGACCCGCUCCGAGCCCAGCUCUUCAUCCCUCUCCACAUCCUCAGUCUGCUUAAGAACGGCUGUGAUAACCUAUUCGACGGUUUUGAGCCGGAGACAUACUGGGAACGAAUGCAGCUUUUUCAAGAGGCCAUACUUUACAGAUUUGGAUUUGUUCAAGACAAGUUUUCAGCUUCGGCUUUCAGUUUCCCUUCAGAGAACAAGCCCCAGUACAUACACGUCACAGGCACUGUGUUCCUCCAGCUUCCCUACUCCAAGAGAAAGUAUUCCAGCAACCAGCAACGGCGCCGACGCAACUCCACUGCCUCCGCGAGCCAGGGCCUGUUUGGCUGCGACGAGCAUGUGGGCUACCACUGGGCCUACAACACCAUGCUUACCAAGGCCUGGAGGACGGGCGUGCUGGGGGACGAGAGGCUGGCUGACCGCCUUCUCCGAGACUUCACCGACUUCUGUGCCAACAAGGACAACAGGCUGGUCAACUUUUGGGACGGUUGUCAGGAUAAGAUGAACGCCAGCGCUCCGUGAGAAAGGACCCCGAUCCAAAGGACCCCGAUCCAAAGGACAUGAAAUGGGGAUGAAACUGAUAUGUAUAGACUACUGCCUGAUUAAAGAGAAUACAUUAUUUAAUUGUAUAUCCA